UGCUAAUGAAAAAUCGAAUUUUUCGCCUCAAAUCGACUGAAGUUUACACGGGCAAAGUAUUACAGGAGUUAAAUUCUAGCGGUUACACAACAUGCAAUAAGUAAAUUAUCUAUAUAGAAAACACUAAGUCCGAGAAAGAUACUCGCCAGCAACAAAUGCCCAUGCAUGCUGAGGACGGAACUGAAACUGAUGAUGAGGAGUCCAUCCCAGACAGACUGUAGCAUCGUAAAGAUCGUACUACUAAUCGGGGGUCCCUAGAGAAGUCAAGUCAAUUACAACGCCAGAAAGCCUUUUACGUUAUUUGAGAGAGGAGAAGGAAAAUAGGAUUUUGCUAAGCUAGCAUAGAGAUCGAACUAAUCAGAAUUCAACUAAGAUGACGGUGGAUUUCAACGAUUAUUUUUGGGGCGAGAAGAACAAUGGGUACGAUGUCUUGUACCACAACAUGAAGUUUGGCCUGGUGGCCAGCAAGGAGUUGUCCGAGUUUCUGCGCGAGAAGUCCAACAUUGAGGAGCAGAACUCGAAGAUGAUGUCCAAGCUGGCCCACAAGGCAGGUACACUGAACAGUACAUUUGCUCCCGUUUGGACCAUACUGCGAACCUCGGCGGAGAAGCUAUCCACCCUCCACUUGCAGAUGGUUCAGAAGCUGACCGAGCUGGUCAAGGAUGUGGCCAAGUAUGCCGACGAGCUGCACAAGAAGCACAAGUCCGUCAAGGAGGAGGAAUCGCAAACCCUCGAGUGUGUUCAAGCCAUCCAAACGUCGACGGUGGCAGUGCAAAAGUUGCGAGACCUGUACGCCGGCAAGGUUCAGGAGUUGGAGAAGUUACGCAAGGACAACGGCUCGCACAAGGAUGCCGAGAAGCUGGAGAGCAAGCUGAAAAAACUGCAGGAGGAGUACAAGGCUUUGUUGGACAAGCAUAACCCCAUUAAGAACGAAUUCGAGAGACGCAUGACGCAGACCUGCAAGCGCUUUCAAGAGAUUGAGGAGGUGCAUCUUCGGCAAAUGAAGGAGUUCCUGUCCACCUAUCUGGAAAUGCUGCAGAACAAUCACGACAUGGUGGGCCAAGUACAUUCCGACUUUAAGAGGCAGUUUGUUGACAUGUCUGUGGACAAACUCCUGGAACAGUUUGUGCUGAACAAGUACACGGGUUUGGAGAAGCCAGAAAUGCCUGAACUCGAGUAUGUGGCCUUGUCAAGUGGCUCUCGACUCCAGCAGCCCCAGGUUUCGGCCACCGCAUCGAACUCAAACUCGGCUACCAGCAUUCAAGCAGCUCUGCGGGCUGGAAAUGCAGCAGCCACAGCCUCGGGCAGCGUGGUGUCCAUGGAUCAGCGGGGCGAUGCCUUGGCGGCGAUCUCUCUGGGCAGCGGAAGUGCAGCCAGCGGCAGUAUUCCCUAUGCCGAGGAUCCGAUACUGGGAGCCAUGGGCUCGCCGCGUCCCACUUCGCCGGACAUGCUGGCGGGAUCAAAUGCCACGGUGAACCAGUCGCAGCCAGCUGGGGGAGCCACGUCCACUGUGAAGAGCCUGCGAAACUGGUUUUUGCCCAAUGCCAAGCCGCAGACUUCAGGCGGCGCUGGAAAUUUCGGUAUGAGCGGAUACGGAAGUGGCAACACCAACAACAACAGUACAACCACCACGACAACAACAGCAAGCAACAAUAGCAACAAUUUGAACACCAACAACACAACAGCAACAACUACAACAACAACAACUGGCACGAAUAAUCUCACCACCAAUAUCACCAAAAAUUCCCCUAUUUCUGAGGAUACUAGCAAUCAAGAUCAGGCACCACAGCAGCCGGCAGAGUCCUUAACUCCAACCGCAAGUGCCACUGCAAUUGCAACGGCGAGCGCGCCUGGCAAGAAGCAAUUGAACGCAACGACAAGCGAGCAGCAGCUAUCGAAAUCAUUAAAUGAGCAAGAUCACCUACAACAGACUGCAGCAGCUACGGCAGCAACAUCUGCAGCAGCUACAACCGCCACAACGACAACGUCCAGACGUGCAACGUCACUUUUAAAUAUAUUCACAUCAAACUCUCAGGUCUCUGGCAUUUUGCGAAGUCGCCGCGACAAGACAAAAACCAAAAAGGCUAAGAAAAAGAAAGACAACGAGGCCGCCGAGCACAUACAGGAGGAGCGUCUCACCAGCUUGGAGCGGUCCAACAACACGCUGCUGGACUAUGACGACCAUGGACGCAGCAUGAAGACGCAGAACUCCAGUGGCAGUAGCGCUGGUGGAGGCCUGGCCGCCCUGUCGGUGACCUCGGCUCAAGGAAGCGUGGAUUCAGCGGGAGCAAGCAGCAUGGGCGGCAGUGGAGGAGCCGCCGGUGCCAGUGGAAGUCUGCCUAAUGCCGGACCACUGACCAACUCGGCGUCGACCACAGCUCCAGGCGCCUCGAGUGGCACAGGAACUGGAUACGAGGUGGACGAGGAAGGAUUCAGCAUACAGCCGGCCAAGGAAAUUGCGUGGGAAGAGGGUCAGGAUAAAUCAGGCAGUUUCUAUUCCGACUCGGACACGGACUCGGACAAUGACAAGCAGGAGCGCCGGAUCCACGUAAGCAUUAAGCCCUUGAAGAAUGGUCAGGCUCCCAUGUCGGCCAGCGUGGACGAGCUGCGCGCCACCGUGGAGAAUAUUUCUCUUUCUCCGACUGGAGUAUUUUCAGUAAGUGUAACUAACCAAAUUUUUUAAAAGAGUUAAAAAAUUAAUUUAAUAUUGCUUCACAAACAGCAUCACAGCCAGCAGUUGCAGGCAGCCAGAGGAGGAGCUCCGGCGUCGCGUCAGCAGUCUCCGGAGAUAUCGAAUGCCUCCACUCCGACAGCCAGUGUCCAUCCGUAUGCUCCGCUGCAGAGUCCCACGCUGUCCAACAAUAACAAUGCGAACAACACGACCAACAGUCGAUAUGCGGAUCUGGGAGAUAUCUUCUCGGAGCUGGGAGAUAUGACCAUGUCUGCGCCGUCAUCGGCGACUCUGGGCAAACCGCCCGGAAGACAGAUUCCAACACCGACAUCAGCGUCUGCAGGUGGAAGCAUAGCCAUACCACGUCCGCCAUCACGACGCUCCGAUAUGAUUGCCAUCGGACCGGCGGCAACCGGAACAGCACCCGGUCGCGGAAGGAUGUCCCCAGCCCCGGUGACUGCCAUGAACAGAGCCGAGAGCAUUGGCAGCCUCGAGUUCCGCACGGCCAUCGGGGGAGUGGGCUCCUCGCGCGGACCCUCUCCACUCACAAUCGGUAUUUCAGACACCAUACCGCUGGCGGUGGCAUUCCACGAAAUCAUACACGCCUAUUUCCGGGGCAGCGAUGAGUCGCGCUGCCAGGUGAAGGUGUCCGGUGAUAUGAUGCUAUCAUUCCCAGCCGGCAUUGCCGGCCUGUUAGCCAAUAACCCCAAUCCAGCCAAGCUGGGUUUUCGCAUUAAGCACGUUCAGAAUCUGGAGAACCUGGUGCCCAAUGGAAAGCUGGUGCAAAUAGAUCGUCAGCAGUCGAGCACUGUGAGCACCAUGCUGGAAUUCAAUAUGGGCGCUUUGACGGCCCUGCUCCGAAAGCAGGCGGAGAAUAACCCGACAGCCUCCUACUUCAACGUGGAUAUACUCAAGUAUCAGGUGCGCACCAAGCCGGGAGCAAGCUCGUGUCCCUUCCAAUUGGUCAGCUACUGGAAGUGCGAGUCCAGCUACACGGCCCUCAAGGUGGAUUACAAGUACAAUAACCACGCCAUGGCCAGUGCAUCGCCUCUGCUGAAUGUCACGCUCUCGGUGCCCGUUAACGGAUCUGUGCGCAAUGUCCAAUCGAAGCCGCAUUCCGCCUGGUUGGGUGAAUCGAAUCGUUUGGUGUGGAACUUUACGGACAUUUCGCAGAACUCACAGGACGGCGGAGUGGGGACUCUGCGGGCACGUCUAGAGCUCAACGAUGGUCCGUCGACACCGGCGCUCCUGGCCACCCAGUUUAACUGCGAGGGCACCACACUUUCGGGCAUCGAGUUCGAGCUCCAGGGCAGCGGCUAUCGCUUAUCGCUGGUCAAACGCCGAUUCGUUUCCGGAAAGUAUGUGUGCGAGGGCGAUGGCAUUCGUAGUGGAGCCACGCCAACGCCUCCGUCGGUGGGUUCUACCAGUCCGUAUUCGGCGAAGUCAAACUAGUUGCGCUCCAUUCAAUAGACGGCAAUUGGGAACGGAAAAUGGCAAUAUGGCAAUAGGCUCGUGAAAAACUAGAGAAAUUUUUGUAACUAAUCUUAAAUAUGAGACAAACACAUAUACACGCAAACCAUAUUUAAUUAGGCACAGGAAUAGAGGAGCCCUCUUAGUUUUGUCUGAGCUUUUUAUUAUCCCCCCUCUUCUUAAUUCCGAUUUUGAUAAUAUAGUGCGGAAUGGGAAUUGAUAAAGUUUAACUUUACCACAAAUUGAAAGUAUAUAAAAUUGUAUCAGUUCGUAUUCCACCAAUGGAAAUCAAAUUAGAAUGAGAAAUAGGGCCUAUUAUGUAUUUUUAUACACACAAAUUUCUGUUUCUCACGCGAAAUGUUGAAUCUGCCUGCUGGGGGCCGAAAUGCGGGUCUGCUAAAUCUGGAUGUAUUAUUUGUUAUAUAUACGUACGCGAGUAUAUAUUAUUAAAAUGUAUUUAUUAUGUUUAACUGAAUAUGAUGUAAACGAAUGAUUGUAUGUAGCUAUGUAGAUAUCUAAAACCACACACCGAACGUUGAUUUUAUGUUCACUUUUGUACACACAACCAAAUCCAAAUGUAUUAAAUGUAAGAUACAAAA